CACUCUGCACCCAUCUCAUCAUCCAAACACAUAGAGUACUUAAUUAGCAAUGGCCAGAACCAAGUUGGUAUCUCUUAGCUUUGUUGUUCUGCUGAGCGUUGGUCUAGCCAAUGCCGCAAGGGUAGCUAGAUAUGCUAGCGCCGAGGGUGGCGGUAGUGGAGGGGGAGGUGGUGGAGGGUCCGAGGAUGGUUCUGGAUGGGGAUCCGGCUCUGGCUCUGGGUAUGGUCAGGCCGGCGGAUCUUCCGGUGGAGCAUAUGCUAGUGGAGGCGGGGGAGGUCAAGGUGGUGGAGGCGGUCAAAAUGGUGGAUCUGGAUAUGGUUCUGGGUCCGGUUCUGGUUAUGGCCAGGCUGGUGGCUAUGGCCCUCAUGGUGGAGCGUACGCUCAAGGAGGUGGCCAAGGUGGAGGCGGUGGUGGUGGGGUGAAUGGUGGGUCAAGAUAUGGUUCCGGCUCUGGGUCUGGAUAUGGUCAGGCUGGUAGCUAUGGCCCCGGUGGAGCUUAUGCUCAAGGAGGUGGACAAGGUGGAGGUGGCGGUGGUGGACAAAAUGGAGGGUCUGGGUAUGGUUCUGGCUCUGGCUAUGGCCAAGCUGGUAGUUAUGGCCCAGGUGGAGCAUAUGCUCAAGGAGGUGGACAAGGUGGAGGUGGCGGCGGUGGACAGUAUGGCGGGUCUGGGCAUGGUUCUGGCUCUGGCUAUGGCCAAGCUGGUAGUUAUGGCCCAGGUGGAGCAUAUGCUCAAGGAGGUGGACAAGGUGGAGGUGGUGGCGGUGGACAAUACGGCGGGUCUGGUUCUGGCUCUGGAUCUGGUUCUGGCCAAGCUGGUGGAUACGGGCCUUACGGUGGAGGAUAUGCUCAGGCAGGCGGUCAAGGCGGCGGUGGCGGGGGUGGGCAUCCAUCAACAACGGCGUGGGCGCCGCUGGCGAAUCCACCGCCCGUCGCUGUAGCGUUCGGCGCCGCCGCGGGAGGGGGCGCGGCUCUAGACGAGGUCACCGUCGCCGACGCCGGCGGCGGCGUCUCCGCCCCCGCGUCUGCUAAUGGGCAAGAGACACACGCUUCGUACUCUCAUCUCAACCUUCAGAUUCACAUCUGUGAGAUAACAAUGGCUAGAAGCAAGUUUGUUGCUCUUAGCUUCGUCGUCCUCCUUGGCAUUGGACUGACCAAUGCUACAAGGGUAGCUAGGUAUGUGAGCGCUGGAGGAGGCGGUGGGGGAGGCGGAGGUGGUGGUGGGUCAGGGAAUGGUUCUGGGUGGGGAUCUGGCUCUGGCUCAGGGUAUGGCCAAGCUGGAGGCUCUGGUGGAGCAUAUGCUAGUGGAGGUGGUGGCGGUGGAGGUGGUGGAGGUGGACAAAACGGUGGAUCUGGGUAUGGUUCUGGAUCUGGUUCAGGUUAUGGUCAGGCUGGUGGAUAUGGGUCCCAUGGUGGUGCGUACGCUCAAGGAGGCGGUCAAGGUGGUGGUGGAGGUGGUGGGGCAAAUGGUGGGUCUGGAUAUGGUUCCGGAUCUGGCUCUGGCUAUGGUCAGGCUGGUGGCUACGGUCCUCAUGGUGGAGCAUAUGCUCAGGGUGGCGGACAAGGUGGUGGUGGUGGCGGUGGAUACAAUGGUGGAUCAGGUUAUGGUUCUGGUUCUGGAUCUGGUUACGGCCAAGCUGGUUCAUACGGGCCCUACGGUGGUGGCUAUGCUCAUGCAGGUGGUCAAGGUGGCGGCGGCGGCGGAGGGCAGAGUGGCCCAGGUGGCCAUGGAUAUGGAAGUGGCUCUGGAAGCGGUUCUGGAUCUGCCUAUAGUGGUGGGCACCCAUAGGACUGUUAUCUAAAUGAACUAUGUGAAUGAUGUGUGCCAACAUAUAUGGCCCUAAAAUAAAUAUGUACCAAAUAAUACGUCUUGUACCAAAAUAAUAUGCCAUGGCAUAGUUGUCAUAGCUGGAUAGUUGUAAUAAAAGUAGUAGUCUUUAAGACUACUAAAUACAAUAUAUGUACACUUUCUCCUUAAUUGAU